AUGAAAGAAUGGGAAGCUGAUGGGCAAACUAAUAUGGUGAUAAUAAAAGGUACUGGAAAUAAAGCAUUUUGUACCGGUGGAGAUGCCAGAGGUAAUGAUUUCAUGAGUUUAAUAGUUUACUCCUUUUUCGGAUACAUAUUCGUUUCUAACGGUGCUUUAAGUAUGUAUACUGUUUUUAAAUAUAAAAAUAAUGUUUUCGGUGAAAAGCUACGUAACAUAAUAUAAGAAAGGCACGACCUAUAAUGCUGCUCAACCGACCAUCUCAGAUUUCUCCCAAAGUAGAGGGUCUCUUUUGAGCUAACAUUUUCAUGAAUUUUGGCAAAAAACCAGAUAUCCAAAAGGUGUCGCGUUGCAGAAAUAUUCAAUUUUUACGAAAACGCCAGAAAACUAAUAUUCCGCCAUCUUUAAAAAUUGUCAACUUAAACUACAUGUAACUUCGUAAUGACAUAUGACUUAGACUAGUCAACUUUAUCAUAAAUACUAGAUAGUGGCUACUACAAAUUCACACAAUCGCGAGCUCCAUUCAUGUUUUCAUUCUUUUACAGCUGACGAUGCUGUAAGAGCCCAAAUCAUCGACCUGUACAUUUUGGACGACGAUUCUCUCCCGGAAAAUGGUGCGAAUUUCUCGUCCCCUAUGAUAUUGUUGGACUUCAUCAAGUGUACUCUGAUGAGCCAUGGUAGAUUUUGGGAUCUUUUAAAACCCGUCGGAAACCAAGUGAGGUUUCUAGAAAAUAAAGAUAAAAUUUUCACUUGGAUUUAGAACUUUCAAGCGAGCCAUUUUGUAGAGCAUAUUAAGUUACACAUGCCAAACUACUUUUAUAACUUAGUUCUGAUGGAAUCAGAAACUUUUAGUUCAAGUAUUGCUUAAAAGCAUACAUAUAAGCACGUGUGCAAGUACUCUAGUCUUUGAAAAAUUUAAAACUUUAUAACUAAUCGAAUAGUUAUAAAAGUAGUUUGGCAUGUGUAACUUAAUAUGCU